AACCUCGCCCUAAAUCUCACACACGGGUGCUCCCCGCCCUGUAGUGCCAGCUCCCCCCUUCAUUUUCUGCACCCUCUUCUCAUAGCGCCCCAGGAUCGCUCCGAGCGCGGCCUUUUGAAAAAUCUUUGUGGAGUAGUGGACCACAACUGGGGAGUUUCUAAAAGUCGGUCGGGGCGCGCGCGAGAGAGGAAGAUACGAUGGCUUCCUCCUCCGGCAACGAUGAUGAUCUGACGAUACCCAGAGCUGCCAUCAAUAAGAUGAUCAAAGAGACUCUCCCCAAUGUCCGGGUGGCCAACGAUGCCCGGGAGCUGGUGGUGAACUGCUGCACUGAAUUCAUUCACCUUAUAUCUUCUGAAGCCAACGAGAUUUGCAACAAGUCGGAAAAGAAGACCAUCUCUCCAGAGCACGUCAUACAAGCCCUAGAAAGUUUGGGCUUUGGCUCUUACAUCACUGAAGUAAAAGAAGUUUUACAAGAAUGCAAGACUGUAGCAUUAAAAAGAAGAAAGGCCAGUUCUCGUUUGGAAAACCUUGGCAUUCCUGAAGAAGAGUUAUUGAGACAGCAACAGGAAUUAUUUGCAAAAGCUAGACAGCAACAAGCGGAACUGGCCCAGCAGGAAUGGCUUCAAAUGCAGCAAGCUGCCCAACAAGCGCAGCUUGCUGCUGCCUCAGCCAGUGCAUCUAACCAGGCAGGAUCUUCUCAGGAUGAAGAAGAUGAUGAUGAUAUCUGAAAUUCACCAGCUGAGGUUCUAUUUCCUCUAUAUAUGUUUUCUCCUGCACAAGAAAACAGUGAACGAAAUGCUUAUCUGUAAUUUUGUAUGCAUCUUGGUGGACUUGCCACUGGUACCCUAGGGAUGUCUGCUAUUGAUUUUCAUCUGUUGUGUGCUAUUCAUGUGAAAACUGUCUCUUUGAACUAUUGAAAAUUUAAGGUUCAGUAUAAUAUCAAUUUUGAAUUUUUAAUGGUGUUUAUGAGAUUUUAGAUAGCAGUGAGUCCUUUAUUGAUCAAUAAACAGUGUUACAGAAAACUUCACGUUUAUAAAAAUACAGUGACAUUUAUACAGAAACUCUAAAUCUUCAUUUCCUCUGCCCUUUUAACUAAACUAAAAAUUGGGACUUAAAUUAUUGGGGGAGGGGGUGCUAUGUAAUGCAGUAGGCAUUAGAUCAGAUUGAUAAAAGAAUACAGAGUUCAGUUCUGUAGUAUCUGGUUUUUUUUGUCUUUUAAAAUGAGUAUAUAUACAGCAAUAAAUAUAUAUAUGUAUAUGCUCAGAUAAAUAUACUUGUUUGAAAGAAUUUCAAAACAAGACAUUCAAAAACUAGGAAGGGGUGAGGGUAUGUUCCAUAGUAGUUGUAUAUGGGUUAUGUUUUUCAUUUUGUUUUUGUUUUAUGUAGAGGUAAAACCUACUGUUUUAUUAUGGCAUAAUUCAUCUUGAGCUACACUUACAUUUCAAAGACUGCCCAAUUUUGAGGUCUGUCAUGAUUCUUACUAUUUCACUCCAAUAAUUGUCAAUAGUAUUACUUGCUUAGUCCAUCCAUGUUUAUUGGAAUUUGUGAAACAAUUGCUUAGGUUCUAUUGGUUUAACUGGGGUUGAUGAAUAUUCAGACCUUUGCUGGGGGAAAGAAAUGAAAGUUAAUGAGCAUGCUUGCUGUAAAAGAGGGAUUUUUUUGUAAUUUAACUUAUAGUUUAAGUUUACUUAUUGUUUGUUUUUAGCAUUACUCUUACAUUUUCUUGACUAGAUGGCCUACAGUGUCCAAUGCUUCCUUUUGAAAUGACAUCAUUGUCUCCAUCAUAGAGUGAUAGCUUUAAAAAUUGAUUUGUUUUGUUUUAAAAAGCAUGUCAUAACUAAUUAGCCCUAUAUGAAACAUAAAAUAUAGUUUCAACCUGCUCAUUAAAAGGGAGGAAGCUUUAAUUUGAUUCUAAUAAAUAUAAGUAUGGUAGUGAUUUUUAUAGAAAUCCAGUGUGUUGAAGAAAUGGCAUCUUGUUUGUAUUUUGGAAACAGAAUGGAAAAACCACUUAAGAUAGUAUGAAGUAAUCUAAAUUCCUUUGUCAGUUGUCAAGUCAUUUAAAUUUCUAUAUUCACCAAGCCCAAGGAUAAUUUGUUUGUGGCUGCCAGGAUUUCAAUUUUAAUUGGAGAGCUAAAUAAGUAAAGUUUACAAGUGUUAGAUUUCUUAAUCAUAUUUUGCAGUUUAGAAAAAGUGAAAUAUUGUUAUACAUUUAUUAAAUACACUUCCCCCCUGCCAUAGAAAGGUUAAUUUUGCUGAAUGUUUUAAGUUGAUAUUGUAUCUAUGACGUGCUUUGGCCAAGAUAGAAGGGAUUGGUUUUUAAGUUUCAGUACCAAAGGUAGUCUAGUCUAAGACACAAUAAGUUAAUAAGUGUUGGCUUUUCUAAUUUGUACUGUAACAUCCUUAUACUUGCUAUUUUAAGUGUAUAUGUUUCUUAAGUAAACAACUUAGAUAUUUUUCCACACCUUUUUUUUUUUUCUGAUGCAGAGUUCAGGUUAAUUAAUAUUUUACUGCAUCUGAUAAUGUAUUAUAUGUUUGAAGCCUAGUGACUUUGCAUUUGGACAUUCUUGUGAUUUCAUAUGCUGUAUUCUUCAAGCAAUAAAAUUCUGAUGUGUUUUAUAAAUUGUUUUUAUAUUUUAAUGAUCUGUACAGAUUAAUGGCAAGAGAUUUCUAUUACUAACACUUUUACUAGUUUCAAGAAUCUUAGGCCCAAAAGACAUUUUGAUAAUAAUUUGGUAUGUAGUACCUGACUUUCUCCUUUGUUUACUGUUAUUUUAGAAAAUGUGGUUCUACUUGUAUUUGUGUAAUUUACAGCCCUGGAAUCCAGGUAUAACAAAGCUAAUUAAGCAA